UGAUUAUUUUGACGGACCCAUUUUAGUUGCACGCCCAAGGUGUACACUUUCAACAUGGCGAAGCCCACGGUGGCGUAUUUUUACGACGCUGAUGUCGGAAAUUUUCAUUACGGACCUGGUCAUCCUAUGAAACCUCAUCGUUUAGCUUUAACACAUAGUCUGGUUCUUAAUUAUGGAUUGUACAAAAAAAUGCAGGUAUAUCGUCCAUACAGAGCAUCACAGCAUGAUAUGUGUCGGUUUCAUUCCGAGGAGUAUAUAGAUUUCCUAUCUAGAGUAACACCACAGAAUAUACAGAGUUUUACUAAGAGUCUUAGUCACUUUAAUGUUGGAGAUGAUUGUCCAGUUUUUCCAGGACUCUUUGAUUUCUGUGCUAUGUACACUGGUGCUUCAUUAGAAGGUGCUACUAAGCUUAAUAACGAGUUAUGUGACAUAGCAGUUAACUGGGCUGGAGGAUUGCAUCAUGCUAAGAAGUUUGAAGCAUCAGGAUUUUGUUAUGUAAAUGAUAUAGUAAUAUCAAUCUUAGAACUCCUCAAGUAUCACCCCAGGGUACUCUACAUUGAUAUUGAUAUACAUCAUGGAGAUGGUGUGCAAGAAGCAUUUUACCUAACAGACAGAGUAAUGACAGUGUCGUUUCAUAAAUAUGGAAAUCAUUUCUUUCCAGGCACAGGUGAUAUGUAUGAAGUUGGAUCAGAAAGUGGUCGUUAUUAUUCCUUGAAUAUUCCUUUGAAAGAUGGUAUUGAUGAUCAUAAUUAUGGAUUAUUAUUCAAACCAGUUAUACAAAUGGUGGUGGAUUAUUAUCAACCAACGUGUAUAGUGUUGCAGUGUGGAGCAGACUCACUAGGCUGCGACAGAUUAGGCUGUUUUAAUCUCAGUAUUAAAGGUCAUGGCGAAUGUGUGAAAUUUGUUAAAGAAUUUAAUAUACCACUACUUGUGCUUGGAGGUGGUGGAUAUACUGUACGUAAUGUCGCCAGAUGUUGGACAUUUGAAACUGGUUUACUAUUAGACCAAAGAAUCAGCAAUGAACUACCAUAUAAUGAAUAUUUUGAGUACUUUUCACCAGAUUUCACAUUACAUCCCGAUGUGAGCACUCGGAUAGAAAAUCUCAACUCUAAACAGUACUUAGAUCAAGUCAGGCAAUCAGUGCAUGACAAUUUAAAAAGCUUAAACCAUGCACCAAGUGUACAGAUGCAAGAAGUGCCACCAGAUCUACUCAGCUUAGACAGAAUUGAAGAACCUGAUCCAGACGUCAGAGAUCCACAAAUUGACCAAGAUGGCAGAAUUGAGCCUGCCAAUGAAUUUUUUGAAGAUGAUAAAGACCAAGAUAAAGACAAUGAAGCUGACUUAGAUGUGUGACACUUGUAAUUUGUGAAAUUUUUAGACACGUAUAACUGCAGUGUAGAUUGGUGCCUUUACAAAUUUGGGAUCUUGCAUGUUUUGACAGGCCCAUGCCACUUGUAGACAAAACAAUAGUGUUGUCAAAUUGUAUAUGCAGAUACGCACAAUCUAAAGAUAAAUUUCCUAUGGUAAAUUCUUAUUUGCUGUUAUUAAUUAAACAGCUAGGACCACCAAUUGACUGAAAUGUUUUUGAGAAACAAUUUGGAGACAUACACAAGUAUUGGCAUGUGUAUAUGAUAGGCUUAAUAUAAUUGUAAUUAUGAGGUCUUGGUCAUGGUAUUGAAAGUUGCUGCUGUUUUAGAAGUAUUCAUAGGGAUUCAUAAGGAUUUUUGCUUUGCCUGCUCUUAUUGGACAUUCACGAUGUUUAAAUGAGAAUCAGGGGGAUUUCUGUAAGCUGCCAAUUUAGUUGAACAAAGACGCCAACCAAUGCUGUUUGUAUAAUGUAGCUUGCAAAUCACAAUAGGACCUGAUCAUAUUAGUCUGAAAACUGGUAAACAGUAUCUAGAAUGCCACACUGGUUGGUGGCACAUCAGAUCUUUCGGCUGUUUGUGACACAUCAGGUCUCCAGUUUGAUAAUAAACAUGAAUGCCUUCAAUAGAAUUGAUUACCUACAGGUUAGUGGCACUCUGGGCAUCACUGAUUUUUAAAUAAUUGCAUGGUGAUCCAUCUUCAAUCUGAAAUGUACUGAAAAAAAAUUGCUAUUCAAAUACAACAAAUCUUUCCCGCUUGUGUCUAUAUUUUUCUAGAACUGCCAUGUUGAGUUACUGACCAUGCGUAAUUUUUAACGAUUUCAUUCUAAAGCCUGCCAUUGACUUUGCUUUUGACUUUUUUCCCGCUACCACGGCUAGAUCAGAGUUGGAUGUUGUAUAUAUUAUAUUUCGUGUAUCUUAUCAUGACUUUGAUUCAACAAAAUAGAAUAUUUUGAUAUUUAAAAUAAUUAUGAAGACGAUUGUAAUCCUAAAUUUUUGUAAGGGGAAGGUCAUAGCAUAGGUCAUUUUAUCAGACUCCCCUUCCUAAUGACUGUCCAUAGGGCUAAUAAUUUCUUUCACCAUUACUGUCCAUAUUGAAAAUAUAUUGAAGAUUGUAAACUUAGACACCAACAAGCUGUAUUUAAAUUUAAAAAAAAGGUUAGGUUGAAUCUGUAUUGAAGUUAUUGAACAUACAAAUUGCAUUUUAAUAUCAGAAUUGUUGCCAUGGUUAUGUAGACAAAAAACGCAUUUUCAAAUUAAAAUUAUUAAAAAAAAUCUUUUCAAAUAAAAUUAAGCCAAAAAAACCCAGAUUAAUCAUAUUCAGGGCUAUAAACUUUGUAUUUUUAAAAGGAUUACAUGUAUGAAUGUUGUCUUUUAGUAUUAUACAAAUGUGUUUUGAUAGGUGUUUUGUACAGAAUAUUUAAGGGAUUUACACCAAGGGAGAAUGUAUUUAUAGAAUUAACUCUGCAGAUGUACCCAUAAUUAUUUUAUUUUACAGGUCUGAAACAAAUCUUGCUCUGCUCUGAUUGACUACUAAUAUACAGUAGACUGAAUACCAGUUGCAUUUUUUAAAACAUUUUUCAUUCUUAGCUCAACUUUCAAAUCACAUUGUUAUAGUGAUGUAAUGUAAUGUCAAUGUGGUUUGCAGUGGCCACCAUCCACAACAGAAUCCAUGCAUAGUUACAUGUGAGCUGUCAAGACUAGUGGAUAAGAAAAUGUCAGUUGAUCACAUGGUGCAUGAGCUUUGAUGAGAACUUUACUAUUUUGUGCAUUAUAUAUUGUCCCCUGAAUUUGCUCUGGGAGAUAGUUUGCCCAUCGCUUUUAGGAGACUAGAAAUGGUGUGCUUUAUUUAUGGUAGAUCAGUAGCAAGAAUCUGUUGCUUGACAACCUUUGAUUUGUCAAUAUUUGUAGUAAAAAAUGAUUUUUUUUUUCAGCACUUUAUCUUAACAAUUAAAUAACUCUGCAUUUAGUGGAGAAUGUGGCAACAUAUUAUGUAUUUAUUUUAGUACAGUAUUUCCACCCCAUUAUUGUAUAAAUUAGAACAAUCCAGCUUGAUUUGUUUAAUGUUGGUCUUGUUUGCUUUACCAUUUGUGUUUAUUUUAUAUUUAUACAAGACAAAAAUGUUUUGUUUCACCCUUAUUAUCAGAUCACAUUCAAUAGAAGUAUCCCAUGUUUUAUACCUACAUAUAUUUGCAAGCUUUAGACAAUUUAAUAUUUUGAAAGUGGUGUAAUUCUUACAUUGUCAAUAAAAUUCUUGAUUUUUUUUUU